ACGUGACACGUAGUUAGACUUAGAACAUUUGGCAGAAAACAAAAGAAAACGCAACCUCAUCAUCAUUCUUCUCCAUUCUUCUCCCUUCAAAUUCCAAUAAUUCAAACUAUAUCAGCUUCCAAUGUCCACCGUCAGAAUCCAAGCUUCGGCGUGCGCGCUCUACUCCACCUUCAACCACCUCCGCCACCGCCCCAACUCCGUCGUUUCGGUCAGCAGGAACGCCAAGAAUUCUAGCGCCCUCAAAGUACUCUCAAUGUCUUCUUCUCCACCUUCUGUGCCCUUCGAAAUCUGCGUCAAAGCUUCCAUAACCACUCCCAACAAGCUCGGAGACUGUCCCUUCUGCCAAAGGGUGUUGCUGACUCUUGAGGAGAAACAUCUUCCUUAUGACCCCAAGUUGGUAGAUUUGACCAACAAGCCAGAAUGGUUCCUUAAAAUCAAUGCUGAGGGUAAAGUUCCUGUCAUAAAGCUUGAUGAGAAGUGGGUAUCUGAUUCGGAUAUCAUUACACAAAUUCUGGAAGAGAAGUAUCCUAGCCCACCAUUGGUAAUCCCACCCGAAAAAGCUACAGUUGGGUCGAAGAUCUUUUCUACAUUUAUUGGAUUUCUCAAGAGCAAAGAUCCCAAUGAUGGAACAGAGCAAGCAUUGCUAAGUGAACUGAGCUCUUUCAACGAUUACCUUAAGGAAAAUGGUCCUUUUGUCAAUGGGAAAGACAUAUCUGCAGCUGACUUAUCUCUUGGACCAAAGCUGUAUCAUUUGGAGAUUGCUUUGGGGCAUUAUAAGAAGUGGAAAGUUCCUGAUUCACUUCAAUCUUUGAAGUCUUAUACGAAGGAUAUUUUCUCGAGGGAGUCAUUCAUUAAAACACGUGCACAACCCCAGGAUGUGAUUGAAGGUUGGCGUCCAAAAGUUGAGGGCUGAUGAUAUGAUGUUGAAUAAUUUCCAUGAGACAUUGAGGUUCUAUGUAUACAUAUAGCAAUCCUUAAAGAGUUCAUAACCUCUAUCCUUUUUUUGUAUUAUCCUAGGUAAUUAAAUCACUAUCAGUCUAUCACUUGCCAUAUAAGGUUAGUUGGCCACAGAUUGUAAUAUGUUUGGUACUUGGUAGUUGGUAGAGAGGCCAAGAGCCUUGCAUGUAAGAUUAAAAUAAAUGUAUUCCCAAAAGGAGUCAGCAUUACAUUGCUUGUUUUUCCUUUAGCUGUGCACCGUUUUAAGAACUGAAUGUGAAUGCUGGUGGGUUAGUACUUA